GUGUGUGUGUGUGUGUGUUUCUCUUGUUUGCUGUAUUAACAAGUUGAUCAUAUUUGUUAGCUCUUGAGUAAUGUAACCAUUAUUAUUAUUAUUAUUAUUAUUAUUAUUAUUAUUAUCAUCAUCUCUAAAUGAGCAGCAUACACACUCAUCCAGAUUAUUAAGUUCAGGCUUGAAUAGUUUGAACAAGGAAUCUGUUCAGCUGUUCAAUGGAAACACCUUCCUGAUUUAUGGCCUCUGGAGAAUUGUAAGCAUGUGAGAUAUAUAUUUAGAGCAAAGAUCUACAUGCCUUCCUCGCUUCCUCUUCUGAUGCAAUCGGGAGAAAAAGGGAAAGAUGGAAGCUGUGGCAUGCCUAUCUGAAGAAACUUUGACCCUAAAACCAGUCUCCUAUGACUCUCCCUCCCUCCCUCUCUGUCUCUCUCUCUGUCUCUCUCUUUCACCCAUGCUUCUUCAUGCCCUGACAUGCUAGGAACUGGAGGGGAGGAGAUAGAGGAGAACAAGAAAAACCGGUGAGCAGCUGUGAAGCAGAGAGAGUGUGUGAAAGAAUGGGAAGAGUCCAGUUCUGUCAGCAUAACACCAAAGACCUGCUAGAAGCAAAGAAGGAGACCCACUGACCUGGUGGAAACCAGAAGAAAAAGGAAACGAAAUUGCCAACUGUUAGGAGCACAUUAAAAAGAGAUUAUGAUAAGAUGAGUCGUAAUUGAAGCAGAAUUCACUUGCAUCUGCAGCCAGACAGCAUCUGAGGACACUGUUUCAAAUCUUCAUUCCUGGAAAAAACUUUCACUAUACGAGUUCAACGCAAUACAGUGCUGUGAUUAUUGAUACAAAUGGCAGAAAGAUGAACUGAAAUAUGUGUGGAAUGUUUUCAUUUGGACUAUUCAUGGGGCAGCUUGUGUUGUAGUAUGGAGAAAGGUCCAUCCACAGUCCUGACACUGUUUUUCUGGGCCAGAUGAGAGGCUGUGGGCCAAGCUUGCUGCAGGGCCGACGGUUCCACUGUCGGGAAUGGGCCCUAGAGAAGGUGAAGAGAUACCUGGAGGCAAGAAAUCAGGUCAAGGGGGUGCAGGAAUCAGCCCAUCCCCCAUCAGGUGUCCUGGUGAUAGGGGGGCCUGGUACUGGAAAGACCGCCUUCUGCACAGAGCUGGUCUGGCCACAGUCAGAAGCGGGGAGAACACUUGGGCUGGCAUCUCGAUGCUUGGCUUGGCACUACUGUCAACGGGAAGAUGCAGACAGCCUAGAGGUGUGGAGAUUUGUGCUGGGCCUGGUAGAGCAGCUGCGUAACUGUCCUCUACUGGCACCGAGCUACGGAAACCUGUUGGCCAACCCCACUAUUGCUGCCAGUUUAGAGCCUCUUCAAUGCCAGCGUGACCCAGAUAACACUUUUAAAAGGGCUGUUUUGGAGAGUUUGCUUUCCUUACCUUUUCCAUCUCAGAGUGUCUACAUAGUGGUAGAUUCUCUGGAUUCUGGCUGUGGUGGGACUUUUGGAAUUGGUGAAGGUGUGACAACAGGGAUAAUGGGUACUCCAAGCACAUCAAUCGGAGAGCUCCUAUUCAGACACCACCAGUACUUGCCACCAUGGAUUCUCCUGGUCUGUUCUGCCCGCAGACAGAAUAAAUCUGUUUGCAAGAUGUUCUCAGGAUUUCGAAAGCUGUGUCUAGAUGACUUGCGGAAACCUGUGGCUGUACAAGAUGUUCAGCAUUAUAUUCUGCGGAGGCUUGAUCAGGAGGGGACGCUACGGCGGCAGCUCACGCCAGAGACUGCUGACAUGCUUAACUUGCUGCAUAUCAAGAGUGGUGGCUGCUUUCUCUUUCUUGAGCGAGUCCUGGAUGGUGUAGCAAGUGGUUUAGUAGGUCUCAGAGAAAUCCGUGAUAUUCCAGGUACACUAAAUGGCCUCUAUCUAUGGCUCUGUCAGCGCCUUUUUCCCCGUAGACUCUUUAUCCACGUUAGGCCCAUGCUGAAUAUUAUUCUUGCCUCCCCACGACCCUUAACUUUUGAGGAGCUUUUUAGUGCUGCACAAACUAGGGAUGUUUCUCUAGUACAAGAGGACUUUCAGUCGCAAAUGCAGGCUCUGAAACCACUGAUAGUAGAUGGGCCAGAAGGGAGUAAGCUCUUAUUUCAUGCUAGCUUUGCAGAGUGGUUAACAGAUGUGAAGUACUGUACACAGAAGUUUCUGUGCAGUACUAAAGAUGGUCAUCUUUCACUUGCAAUGUCCCUGUUACUGAGAUCUAAAAGUCUUAACACAGAAGAGGUUUGCCAAAUCGGCCAUCAUCUCCUCAGCAGUGGAAUACAUUCAGAUGAGCCAGCGCUGCUGGCACUAUGGAUGAUUUGGGCUGGAGUUCCCACUCUUGGCAGUGGUGGUAUGGGUACUCCUGCAACUGUCUCUCAACAUACAUUUUCUGCACCUGUGCUGGUUCAACAAGAUGUGCUACAGCUUUUAAUGAAAAGUGGUGUGUAUCCCCCAACCUGUUCCCCAGACAAUGGUCCAAGUGUGGGUGUACAUUGUGUGGGUAAAGGGAGAGCAAUAGUGAGAAGGGCGCUGCAAAGAGAGGACUCUGUACGAGCACUUUUGGAUAGCGGAGUAAAUGUAAACAGGACAGACCCAUCAGAUGGACGAACUCUUCUCUCUACUGCAGCCCACACAGGGCUUGUAGAUAUAACCGCACUUCUACUGUGUCAUGGAGCAGACCCUUCCAUUAGUGACAACCAGGGUCAAACACCAUUAACGCUUGCUGCCAGGCAGGGCCAUGUUGGCGUAAUUCAGGUUAUACACUGGAUUCAGGAUAAAGAGUCUAAUACAAUUCGAUCAGUGAUGGAGCAUGCAGACAGUGAAGGAUGGACUGCUUUAAGAUCAGCCUCAUGGGGCGGUCAUAAAGAAGCAGUGAAGGUGCUUCUAGAGGCAGGAGCAGAAGUAGACGGUUGUGAUCCAGAUGGACGUACUGCUUUACGAGCUGCUGCCUGGGGAGGUCAUGAGGAGAUUUUGCUUACCUGCUCCCAUGGUGCUAAAGUUGAUAGCAUGGAUCACGAAGGCCGUACACCACUCAUUGCUGCUGCCUACAUGGGUCAUAAGGAGGCAGUAGAGAUAUUGCUGGAUGCUGGUGCAGAAGUGGAUUUGGCAGAUGGGGAUGGACGUUCUGCGCUCUCAGUGGCUGCCCUAUGUGUUCCAUCAGCAGCAGGGGGGAGAGGACAUGGAGAGGUUGUGAGUCUGUUGCUGGAAAGGGGGGCUGAUCCAGAGCAUAAGGACAAAGAUGGGAUGACGCCUUUACUUCUUGCCUCCUAUGAGGGACAUGAGGAAGUGGUAGAGCUCCUCUUGGAGGCUGGGGCUGAUGUGGAUGAAAGUGCUGGAGCCUACCCCUCUGCUAUCACACCUCUUCUUGCAGCUGCAUCCAUGGGCCAGGCAGGCACAGUGAACCGCAUGCUAUUUUGGGGGGCAGCUGUAGAUGGUAUUGAUGGAGAGGGUCGUACAGCACUCUGCUUAGCUGCUGCUAAGGGCAGCAUAGAAGUUGUGCGAGCCCUGCUGGACCGGGGUCUGGAUGAGAAUCACAAAGAUGAUUUGGGCUGGACACCAUUGCAUACAGCAGCCUGUGAGGGUCACAGAAGUAUUUGUGCUAUACUCACAGAGCAAAGUAGUAUGGCAAGAGUUGGUGAACUAGAUGUUGAAGGCCGAACACCACUCAUUCUGGCCGCACAGGAAGGCCAUUGCAGUACAGUAAGACUCCUGCUUGAUCGGAAAUCACCUAUUGAUCAUCGAGGGUAUAAUGGAAACUCUGCCCUUAGUGCAGCUGCCCUUCAAGGGCAUGGAGAGGUGGUAGAACUGCUGUUGAGACGGGGAGCUGACACUGAUGUUCGAGAUGCUGAAGGAAGACCCCUUCUGUACCUGCUAAUUCUGGAAGGCUGCUUAGACAUAGCUACCUUACUCAUAGAAAAAGGAGGUGUUCCAUUGGAAUCAAGAGAUGCAGAAGGCCGUACAGCUCUACAUGUAGCAGCUUGGAAAGGUGACCUAGAUGGGAUUGAGCUGUUGCUCAGACAUGGUGCAGACCCUAAUGCACUGGACUUAGAGGGUCGACCACCACUACACUCUGUGGCUUGGAGGGGGCACAUAGGGGCUGGCAGAUUGCUUCUCAGAUCUAGAGGCAUAAAUGUUGAUCUUGCCUGCAAAAAGCAAGGUGCCACAGCACUUAGUAUUGCCGCUCAGGAAGGACACACUGAAAUUGUGGCCAUGCUUUUGGAAAAUGGUGCUGAACCAAACCUUGUGGAUCACUAUGGCCGCAGUCCUGUAAAAGUGGCAGGAAAAAGAGGUAAUUUCAGCAUUGUUCGUCUAUUAGAGAACUAUGGUGCAAAGCCAUUCCUUGGACUCCUACCUUCACUAUGUGAAACUCCAGGCUCCACCCAUUUAUCUAUACUGAAAACUCAGGUUUCUAUCUGCUCUGUCGAGGGGUCUGGCAAUGGUUGCCCAACCACUUCCUCGACCUCAUCAAACUCUUUAUCAGCGUCUUGCUCCCCUGCUUCCACAGCAGAAAGAUUUAAUUCAGUGCCUGGUUCUCAGACAUCUUCCUCCACUUGUCACUCUCUGGCCACAGUACAGACUGUGCCUGCAGACACCUUAAACUUUACACAACAGAUUCAGCAGCACUCACUACCCCGCUGUCGCAGUCGACCAUCCACUUUACCUUUACAUGUCUCAAACCCUUCCAGCCUACAGAGAAGCAUUUCAAGGAACAAACAAAAAACAGUUUCCAAAAAUAACCCUACCCAUGCACAGUGCCUAAUCCUUGGACUACAGGACUCGCAUGUUCCUCUUAAAAGUUUUGGGUCUCCACAAACGGAUGACUUGAAGCCACAAACACCUAAUUUAUUUGAAAAUGAACUAGAAAACAGUCCCCUGAAAUUUGAAAGUUGCAAGUGGAACUCAGUAAUGUUGUCUCUAGGACUGACUCCAAACCAAGAGGGGACUAUUAGACAGCCAAUAAAUAGAGACAGUCUACCUUUGGGUUAUCACCCUUUUCAUCUCAAGUCUAAUGCACAAAAAGAGAGUUGGGAUGGCUUGAAAAAAACAACAAUUUCCCCAUCUUUUGACCUCUCUGCUAUCUCUCCACAUGAUGCCUUACUGGAGGAAUCUAUGUUUAUCACAACCACAGAUCCUCAGCUUAACCUCAAACAGGCCAUUAAAUUGCAGUUUGAGGGGCCAACAAGUGCAGCACUUUACAAGAGGGAAACACCACUCUAAGGCAACCCGUGAUAAUUAGGAGCUCAAGGAGGAAAGGGUGCUAUGAAGAAUUGCUGCAUCUAACUCAGGGUAGUCGGGAACCAUAUAUCAGUUGAGGCCAGCAGACCUCCGCAUAAUAUCCUUUGACUUCCUUAAAAAAUGCAAUGAGGUACAUCAAAGGAGAGACAAAGAACUAAUGGACUUCAAAAGGGCCCAUGCUGUGUGUACUUUCUGGAUAUUUCUAAGGCUAGUCAGAACGGCUAGCUCCCCUUCACUUAAACAUUCACACAAUCACAGGAAAUUCUCUAACAAAGAAACAUAAAAGCGGAAUAUUGCCACAGACACAAAAAUGUUAUUACAUAUGCGAUCAAAAUAGACCACAAAAAGGAAGACAAGCCUAAUAUGUAGUAAAAAUGUUUAUUUGCACAUGCACACACACACACAUAUGGAGUUGCAUGGUAUCUGUCAAGUGACCAAAGCAGAUCACACACAUUACAGUAUAUUCAUUGUAUAUGCAAAGUACAGGGUGUCCCAUAGGUCCAACAUCAUAGAGCUGAUCAUGAAGUAUCUGAGGAAGAAGGAAAUAAUAUGAUUAUGCUCCUAGAAAAUCAAAGCUGAAGAUAAUGUAUUUGAAAAGUUCUAUAAACAAAAGCAUUUGCUUUGUAUAAUAGAGCACCUUUUUAUUGCAUCUUUAUUUUUUCUUUUUGCAAAAUAAUGUACACAGAGACUAUUCAUUUAACUGGAAGGCAUUAUUUUGAAACACUUGCAGAUAAAAAAGUCAAUAUCAAUUCCUCAACAAAUAUACCACCACCAAUUUUAACUGUCCCUCUGAGUAUUUAAUUCCUUCAAGAAAAUCUAUGGAUAUGUCUUAUGAUUGGUGUUACCAUGCUAUGUUUCAGCUAUAGUUUUUUUUUCUUUUUCAUUAUACUUUUUGUGAUGCAUAAUCUAUUUUUUGUAAACAGUGAAUCAACACUCAACCAAUAACUUUGCAAUAUUUAAGAGCAGGUUGUAUUAGAUGGAUUAAAAUAAGAUUUAUUUAGGUAGAUAUUACAGUUGAAAGGGAAUUUAAAGGGGAAAAAAAAUCACCAUCAAUUCAAGAAAAUUAGUUUUAUGGAUAUGUGAGAGAUUCCAGGGGAAAAAUGGAUUUUAGACUUCUGCCAGAUGUAAUAUACUUUGUUUUUAUAAUAUACAGUAUGUCAUAAUGUAAAUAUAUCUUCAAUUCAUAUUAUAACAAUCAUUCUUUCUGUUAAUGGGUAUUGCUAAUAAUUGUUUGUUUAAAAUGAUUUUAUUUUUAGUAACAUUCCAUCACAGACAUCGUUAUCCACUGUGACAAACUUGCAGCUAAGAAGCAAGACUUCUCCCUCUCUGUCUGGCUGUUCUCUCUAUCUCGUGCUCUCUCUCUCUCACACAUACACCCAAACACUACAGGGUCAGUUAGUAUUUAUCAGUACAGAAAUCAGUACAGAACUGGGGUCAGUACAAAAAUGUUUUUUCACUAAAAUAUGCACAAAAGGUGUCUUGUUUUAAAAUUCUGUAUUGUCUGUGUGUGCAUUAAAGGUUUUACUAUAAAAUGCAACUUUAACUGUGCAAAA